CGCUGAAGCCAGUGCGCCUGUCGGUCUGGGAAUGAGCGCAACGUCCACUCGCUCCUCUCUGGCGCGUCGCUGCUUCUUUUUAUUCUCGCUCCAUUGGAAAGGCAAACGCCGGGAGGCUGCUAUCAGAGCCAGACCCGGGAUGGGCUCUCUGGCGGCCCUGCGGACUGUCCUGGUCCUGGGCCUGGUGACCGGACUGGCGGGAUGCGCCCCCGGAUUGAAUGGCACGGCGGACCGCUGGGAAGCUCUGUACUCCCGGUCCCUGGCGCGGAUCCCGGGGGAGAAGCGGGAGGAGAUCAGCCGGGACAGCGACUAUCUCCUGGGGAUUAAAAGGUUGCGGCGCCUCUAUUGCAACGUGGGCAUCGGCUUUCAUAUUCAGGUGUUACCGGACGGUAGAAUAACGGGGGUACACAACGAAAACCGCCACAGUCUCCUGCAGAUCUCUCCGGUGGAGAGAGGAGUGGUGACUCUGCUGGGUGUCCGCAGCAGACUCUUUGUGGCCAUGAACAGACGAGGAAAGCUGUACGGAUCUUUACACUUCAACAACGAGUGUAAGUUCAGAGAGAAGCUCCUCGCCAACAACUACAACGCCUACGAGUCGGUGGCCUACCCGAGGAUGUACAUCGGCCUGAGUAAGAACGGCAAAACAAAAAGAGGAAACCGAGUGUCACCCGCCAUGACGGUGACACAUUUCUUGCCAAGAAUCUAG